AUGGUUCCGCAGGGGGCGGCGGCGGCGCGAGGGGAGCGCGGCCCCUUUAAGAGCGGCGCCGCCAUGAUCUGCCUGGUGCUUGGGCUCUUCGCCGGCCUCUUCCACAGCGCCCUCGGCGGGGUCAAUGAACGCACCUUCGUGGCCAUCAAACCCGACGGGGUCCAGCGGCACCUGGUGGGGGAGAUCAUCCGGCGCUUCGAGAGGAAGGGGCUGCAGCUUGUGGGGAUGAAGCUGUUGCAGGCCUCAGAGGAGCUGCUGAGGGAGCACUAUGUGGCCCUGCGGGACCGGCCCUUCUACGGCCGCCUGGUGAAGUACAUGAGCUCCGGGCCGGUGGUGGCCAUGGUGUGGCAGGGCCUGGACGUGGUGAGGAUGGUUCGCACGAUGAUCGGGGAGACGAACCCGGCCGAGUCCAGGCCUGGCACCAUCCGAGGGGACUUCUGUGUCGAAGUCAGCAAGAAUGUGAUCCAUGGCAGUGACUCAGUGGAGAGUGCCCAGCAGGAGAUCUCCCUGUGGUUCCGCCCGGAGGAGCUCACAUGCUGGGAGGACACGGCCCAGCACUGGAUCUACGAGUGAGGGAAGGACACCUUCCUGAGGGGACACAGGACAUUUCCAUCCAUUGCAUGGCUGUGGAUCCUGCUAUGGGAUUCCUGUUCUGCCUGUGGGGUCCUGGGAGCUGGGCUGUGUCUGGAACAAUGUGCUUCAGCUCCUGCCAAGAGUAACUGUUUCUUUUUUUCUCUCUGCUCUAGUAAGUAGCAUUAUUGCUCUGUUUGCUGCAGUAUCUUAAAUCCCAAGUAGCUCAAGCUGAUUUACUGAAGUAUGUCCUGGACUCUGGGCCCGUCCCUGAGUGUUCCCAGCCCUGCCUGGUGCAGGAGAAUGUGUGUUCCUUGCUGCUGGGAGAGGUGCUGGUCACGACGAGGUGAUGGGAUUGAUAGAAUUUACCUGCAUUUCUAGAAGGCUUUUCACCAAAGGCUUUUAAAGAACUAGGCUGCUGUGGGGUGUGGGGGAAAAUUCUCCCUUGGGGUACGAGUGCAUUCCAAAACAAGGAAUGAAGGAUGGAACAAUCCCUCUCCCUUGGUGGGAGCUUCAUGUGCUGGGGUUGGCACAACCCCGCCCGGCUUCUGACACGAUCAGUAAGUCCAUGGAAGUUUCUCCAAAGGCUGUUAAAGCACAGUUUCUCUGGCUCCAGUUCCUGAACUGGGAGCAGGGAAGCAGCUUCUCCAGUCGUGCUCUGGUUCUCUGGGGCUGCACAGCCCUGGCCAGACCCCGCAUCCUCAGUCCCACGCUGACCCUGCCUGGGGACUGACACAGGCUGGUGAAGCUGCAGCACUGGGGCAGCCAAGGAAUAGAAGGGGGAGAGUGAGGCAGGGAAGGAUUUGUGGGUUUGGGGCUCAGGAAGGACUAGGAGGAUUAUUUAGUCCUCUCUUGUGCACAGUGCAGGCUGUGGAGUCCUGGCACUGAGCUCUGGGAGAUCCUGAGAUCUUCUUUGUCUGAUGGUGGAGCUUCCCUGCUGGGAGGGUAUCUGGAGACCCAGUUUGUAAUGGGCUGGACACCCCCUGUGAGCUCUCAGUGGGCCACCCAGCUCCUCAGAGCUGUGCUGGGUCUGGAGUGUAAGGACAGGGACAGUGACAUGGCAUCCUGCCAUCGAACAGGGACACGGUUAAACCCAGGGAAGGAGAUCCCCUGGGGCUUUCCUGUGUGUAGGGUUUCACCUGUGCCUUCGGGGCCUGUCCCACUCUGUCUCUGGCUCCCCAGCUCUGUAGCUUCUGGGGGAUGAGGGCAGCUCUCUGGGGGCAGAGAGAACUCACUCCACUCCCACUCUGGGCUAGGGGUCUCCCUCCAGUGGGGCCUCCCUUCCCUUCCCUCAGCUGCCCAACUGCCUCAGCCUGGCUCCUCCUGCCUUGGCCUUUUCGAGGAGCCUGCUUACAGUUCUAAAUACCUGAUAGAUCCCAUUUGUUCCUGGAACUCCUCCAUUUGGCUGAGCCCAGAGUCUGGCUGCAAGAGACACUGGCAAAGUAAAGACUGAGGUGUGAAGAGAGCAGGAGGAAUAUUUCAUUUGUUGUUUAAUAGAUGUAUUGAAAAAAGCUGUUGGCUCCAAGAGGUGCCAGUUCUGUGACACAGGUAAACUGUGGCCAAAUCCCUGAGCAUCAUCUCUUGCCAUUGCCUUUUCCUGAGGGAUCCCUCUUCUGUUGGCACAGAUGAGAUUUAAGGUGCCCUCCCAGUUUCAAAGCACACUGGAUUCCAGUCAUAUAACAGCCCUGACUCCUCAAGGCACAGUCAAGGCCAGCCCUCUCCUCCUCCCUGUGUGUAGUUUGGUGUCUGCCAUGAACUCGUCCCUCUCUGGGCCCGAUGGAGCAGCCCCAGUGCAGGGAAAGGGUCCCAGAGGCACUGCUGUGUGAGCGGGGACAGGGCUGGGCUGGGGGUUCCUCCAGCCCCCCUGACUUUAAUUGCUUUGCAUGUUGGUUCCUGCUGCUUCUCCUCUGUCCAAGACUCUGUUAAACUGUAACAAUAAAAGUAGAAACUGUCUGUG